AUGAACACACUGGGACAGUUUGCCAAGGGAGCUUCCUGGGAGGAACUAAUUCAAGCAAGCAUCCAAUCCUUCGAUGCUGACGGUAAUGUUUGCAACAACAGCCUCCUGAACAUAAUUCUCAUCAUGCACAGAUUUUUACUGUCCUCCAAAGAUCUGCUGGAAAAACUGGUUAUCCUCUUCAAAAGUACACUGGAAGAUAAUAAGUCUGAAGAAUGCCUGAAAAUAUGCUAUUUUAUACGGUACUGGAUAAGUGAGUUUUGGAGUAUGUUUGAACUGCACAGCUCUCUGGCAGAGACACUGGAGCAGAUCAGAGAGCUUAUGAGCGAACAUGGACAAGAACAACUCUGCUCUUUAUUACAAACUAAUAGGAUGGGGGAAAGGGAGUGGUCUCACAAAGCCAGUAAUAAAGUAAAGGUAAGAAGCAGUCGGAAGAGAAAGGUUUCUUUGCUGUUUGAUCAUUUGGAGCCUGUGGAAUUGGCGGAACACCUCACCUUUCUAGAGUUCAAAUCUUUCUGCAGAAUACCUUUUGCAGAUUACCAGAAUUACAUCCGAAAUGUGUGCUUGUCAGAGAACCCCUCAAUGGAACGCUCCAUUGCACUGUGCAAUGGUGUCUCCCAAUGGGUUCAGCUCAUGGUGCUCAGUCGACCAACCCCCCAGCUCCGGGCUGAGGUUUUUACCAAAUUCAUCUAUGUAGCCCAGAACCUUCAGCAGAUGCAGAACUUUAACACACUCAUGGCUGUGGUGGGAGGUCUCUGUCACACCUCUAUCUCCAGACUUAAAGACACUGGUACUUAUGUUCCAAAUGAGACCACCAAGGUUCUAAAUGAAAUGACUGAUCUUCUCUCAUCAUCAAGAAAUUAUGAGAAUUACAGACAAGCGUACAGCAAGUGUACAGGCUUUAAGAUCCCUAUUCUGGGGGUUCAUCUGAAGGACCUGAUUGCUGUAAAUGAGGCAAUGACGGAUUACAUAGAGAACGACAAGAUCAAUGUACAGAAGCUUCAGGCUCUCUUCAACCACAUCAACGAGCUGAUCCAGCUACAGCACAAUCUGCCUCUCCUUGAUGCAAACAAAGACCUGGUUCAUCUACUGACUCUGUCUCUUGACCUGUAUUACACAGAGGAUGAAAUCUACGAGCUGUCCUAUGCAAGAGAGCCGAGGAGCCACAGAGCCGCUCCAUCAACCCCCUACAGAUCCCCAGUGGUGGUGGAUUGGGCUUCAGGUGUCGCUCCCAGGCCAGAUCCCAAAACUAUUAGUAAACAUGUUCAGAGAAUGGUUGAUUCUGUGUUUACAAAUUAUGACCAUGAAGGAAGAGGCUUCAUCUCCCAGGAAGAUUUUGAAAAAAUUGCAGCAAGUUUUCCAUUCUCAUUCUGUGUUACAGACAAGGAUAAAGAUGCACUGAUCAGUAGGGAGGAGAUCACAGCUUAUUUCAUGCGUGCCAGUGUCAUCUGCUCCAAACUCGGCCUGGGCUUCUCUCACAAUUUUCAGGAGACCACAUACAUGAGGCCUACAUUCUGUGAUAACUGCUCAGGAUUUUUAUGGGGAGUGAUUAAGCAAGGCUACAGAUGCAGAGACUGUGGAAUGAACUGUCAUAAAUCUUGCAAGGAGCAGGUAGCAUUUGAGUGUAAAAAGAACAUCAAGCCCAGCAUCAGUGCAGACUUGAGUCCUUCUAAUAUAACAGCACAUGGAGGUAACAACGUGUCAGAAGAAACCCAGUUUAUAUAUCCAACUGAUGCUACAACAGACCCCGAGCGCCACAAACAGUUCAGCCCAGGUUCUGGCUUUAAUACCAGCAUUCCCGUAACACCAUCAAAAACUGUAAUGGUUCAUAAGAGUACUCAGACUGAAGGAACGUCAUCAACCAGCCAGCAGCAGCUAUCUCUGCUGUGUCCAAGCCCUUCACCCCUCACACCAUGCCCAAGUCCCAUACUGCAGCGCAAACGAGCCUCUACAAACAAGCCACCCAACACACUCAAUCCAACAGAGGAAAACAAACUCACCUGUGAAGCUCUGGAGAAGGAGAAGCGGUCUCUAGAGAAAAACAACGAGAAGCUCCAGAGGAAACUGAAAGAAGCAGAACGGGAGGUUGCCAUCCUAAAAGCAUUACUAAAGCGAUAUCCUGUUCAUCAAGCAGAGGACGAUUCAUCUUCAUCCUCCUAA